CUCAUCUUCUACGAGUACAUUGUGACUUUUCCUCAAGAGGUUCAUGUUAUAUGGGGAGCCAGGUUGACCACCGUCACGAUCAUCUUUGCCAUCAACCGAUAUAUGCUCAUGGUACAAGGCGUUAUGUUCGCACUGAGUUCCGUCUUCAAGUUGUGGCAUGCUCCACUGGUGAGUCAUGCCCAAGUCAGAGAUUGUUUGACCUCAAAUUUUAUGAAGAGACUGAUUGGUAAAUGGUUAGGCUUUGCCGCAUUCCGCACAUAUGCUAUUAGCAGACCCCAGGUCGUCCCUGCAUUGCUGGUAUUGCUACUGGGGCUAGCUCAAGUCAGUGGAUACUACAUUGUGAACUUGGCCACGGUCAUUUGCCCAGCUAUCGCCGACCUGAUCGUGGUCCUUGUCACUUGGUACAAAACAUUCCGACUCGCGGUAGAAGUGCGGAAGCUACGGAUAAAAGGAUCGAUAGCGACGAUGCUACUGAGAGAUGGU